AAAUCUGCGCACUAAGCAGGCACCUAACGUGCAAUCAUGACCUCCCGAAUGUCUGCAAUUAUUUAUAAGUUGUAACCACUCUCACAGUCACAGGUUCCACUAUUUCAUCCUCUCCACUGCUGCACAACAUCCAGAUUAGCUAGCCUGACCGAUCGAGCUUGGGCGCUUGGCAAUGGCCGCCAAGGGAGGAGGUGGUGACCUGAAGCUGCUGGGCGUGUGGGACAGCCCCUACGUGAACAGGGUGCAGAUCGUGCUCAACCUCAAGGGCCUCAGCUACGAGUACGUCGAGGAGGACCUCCUCCACAAGAGCGCGCUCCUCCUCGAGUCCAACCCCGUGCACAAGAAAGUCCCCGUGCUCAUCCACGGCGGCAGGCCUAUCGCCGAGUCGCAGGUCAUCGUCCAGUACCUCGUCGAGGUCUUCGCCGGCGCCGGCGGCCCGUCCGUCCUCCCCACCGACCCGUACGAGCGCGCCACCGCCCGCUUCUGGGCCGCCUUUGUCGACGAUAAGGUGGGUUCGCCGUGGCACACGAUCCUGUUCGCGCGGGAGGCCGAGGAGAAGGCCGGCGCGGCGGCGCGGAUCGUCACGGCGCUGGAGACGCUGGAGGGCGCAUUCAGGGACUGCUCCCGUGGGAGGGGCUACUUCGGCGGCGACGGCAUCGGGUUCGUGGACGUGGUGCUGGGCAGCUACCUCGGGUGGUUCAAGGUGUUCGAGAAGAUGGUCGGCGUCAGGGUCCUGGACGCGGCGAGGACGCCGCUCCUGGCCGCGUGGGGCGAGCGGUUGGCGGCGGCGGGCCCUGCGAAGGACGUCCUGCCGGAUGACGUUGACAAGGUGAUCGAGUUCCUGCAGGCGUUCCUGGAUUAGGUUGAACGCCGAAUUGUUUGGUUCGGUCAUUUUCAGUGGGCUGUUAAUGGGCUUUCAGAUGUUGGUUCGAAUGAAGAAGACGGCCCCUGAUUGGACCAAGAUGUGUGAAUAAACGGAUCCCAGGUUUAAUGUCUGCUGGGCGGCUGGGCCUAAACCUGGAUUUCGAAGACACUGUUACUUGGAUUUUGAGUUAAGUCAUUUUGUUGAAAAUGUCAACCA